AUGGGCCUCUCACACACGCUGCUCUUCUACGUGCUGCUGUGCGUUCACCUCGGAGUUUCCCAGCAUUACCUUCGCCUCCGUCCGUCGCCCAGCGAUCACCUCCCUGUGCCCGACCUCAAGGAGGACCCCGACCCGGAGUACGACCCCCGGGAGCAGGACUUGGCCGAGAGGACUCUGAGGAAAAAGCUCGGCAGUAACUUUGACCCCAACUUCAUGUCCAUCACCUCGCCCAUGCUGGUGAACCUCUCCACCGCAGACAGCCAGGUGAAGCUGCAGGGGCAAAUGCCAAACGAGAUUAAAAAGCUGGACCUUACAGAGACCCCCUAUGGAAAGAGGGUCAAAGUGGGCAAGAAAGCCCGCAGGAAAUUCCUGCAGUGGCUGUGGACCUACACGCACUGCCCAGUGGUGCACACCUGGAAGGAUUUGGGCGUGAGGUUCUGGCCACGUUACAUCAAGGAGGGAAACUGUUUCUCUGAGCGCUCCUGCUCUUUCCCAGAGGGGAUGUCUUGCAAACCAGUCAAGUCAAUCAACAAGAUUUUCCUCCGGUGGUAUUGCCAAGGGUUUCUAAGACAGAAAUACUGUACGUGGAUACAGGUGCAAUACCCAAUCAUCUCAGAGUGCAAGUGUUCGUGCUGA